CGAGACAAGACGUAGCGAGCAGCCGUCGCUCUCUCAGAGUGUGUUCUGUGUUCCUCGCGUUCGCUACUUCGGUUCCGUUGUGUGGAUUUCUGUGCCUUUGUGACUUACGCCAUGCCGUUUUUUUGCCUGCAGCUCGCCUGAGGUGAAAGACCGCUGGGUAGAGACCUUACACAGAAAAAUCACCGAAGAGCAAGAGAGGUUCGGCUUCAGUUCUCCUCCGCCGAGCAUCCUCAUGAAGGUUUUGAGUGUGAACAGCAUGACUAAAACUCUAACAGGCGGUGGAACGGAAGAAAACAUGGACGCUCCUUCUGAGGGCAACGGCAAAGGCUCCGCCCCCCAGAGGCAGUUAUGUAACAAGGAGGACGCAGGGAAGCAGCCCAUUGGUCAUGGUGCUAGUCUUUGGAAGAAGCUGAGGAGAAGCUCCACUCUCAGCGGCUCCUCGCCCCGCAUCGACCCCAACUCCAAGAGCCUGUUUGGGCAGCCUCUCUCCAAAAUCUGCCUGGAGGACGGCAGUCUCCCCAAACCCCUCACAGAGAUAUUUCACCUCUUGCGGAGGAAGGGCCCGACUUCAGAAGGGGUCUUCAGAAAGCCGGGGAACAGUGGGGGCCUGAAGGCCAUCCGUGAGCAACUCAACAGCGGGGCUGAAGUGGAUAUGGACGCCCUGCCUGUGAACCAGCUGGUGGGAUUGCUGAAGAGCUUCCUGAAGGAGCUCCCUGAUAGUCUGCUGGUGGCUGACAGAUAUGACCAGUGGAUCAGCGCAGUGGAGAAGGAGGAGGAUGAGGAGAAGCUGACAGAGAUCAAGAGCGUGAUUCUGUCCAUCCCUGAGCCCAACGCCCUCCUCCUGCAGUAUCUCCUCUGCGUGCUGCACCACAUCGGGCAGAGCUCGGACGUCAACAAGAUGGACGCCAGCAACCUGGCGGUGUGCAUCGCCCCCUCGCUCCUCCACAAGACCAGAGGGACCCCGACGCAGGACAUGAUCGUCCAGCCGGAGGAGGUCAAGAAGGUGAAUGGCCUGACACAGUUUCUGAUCGAGAACUGCUGUGGUGUGUUUGGUGAAGGUCUUCUGACCCUGCUCGGUGAUCCAGAUGAGGAGGAGCUGGCUGACAGCACAGAUUCCAUGUCCUCACAUCAACAUGACUCGGCCUAUGACAGCACCGACCCCGAUGCCGACGGCGACGCCGCAGAAGGGUCUCCGGUUGACCGCCGGACGGGCCAUCGCUGCCAAGCCGGCUGCGUGGCGGGCCGCCGGACGCCGUGUUCCAUGGCGGCCUCGCGCUCCUCGGACGGCAUCUUCACUCCGUUCGCCAGCUCCCUGAACCGCCGCUGCUCCGAGCCGGCCAUCUUCCCGUCCUCCGCGGCCGCGGCCGCCUGCUCGCGCUCCCUCGAGCAGUUCCUGGCGCGCAGCCACGACGACUGCUCCGCCGACGAGCGCCCGGUCGACUUCCGGGGCCUGAAGAAGCAGACGUCGGACGACUCCUUCCUGCUGGUCCGGCGGGCCGGGCGGCGCCUGCCGUCCUCGGCCUCGUUCGGCGGCAAGCUGGGCGGGAGCCUGACCGCCGACCUCCUCCUGCUGCCGCCGGGCGGUGGCGGCGGCGGCGCCGACCGCCGGGCGUCCACGGCCUCCAAGGACUGCUCGUGCUCCUCGUCCUGCUCGCUGGAGAGCGCCGCGUCCAACGUCUCCGAGGGCUCCGUCUUCACCAGCUCGCCGCUGGCCUCCCCGACCGCCCCGCGCAGGUCCCACUCCACCAAGCACCAGGCGGCCGUGUCCUCGUCCUGCCGCUCCCUGUCCACCAAGGCCUCCUCCAAGUCCGACCAGCCCAAGGCGGAAGGGGAGGUCAAGCGCCGGACCCAGUCCCUGAGGGUCAAAGGCCUGGGCGGGCUGUUCCACCGGGGCAGCAUGAAGCACGGGGAGGCCCCGAAGGAGCUGUCCUUCCCCUGCGGGCCCCUGCAGGAGGACUCCCAGAGCGAGGCGGAGGCCCCCGAGGGCCCCAGCGGCCCCGCAGAGGAGGAGCCACCCCGCCGGCAGCGGCCCCUGUCGGCCAUCGAGGUCUUCCAGCACGUGGACAGUCGGCUGCCCAGCUGCCCGCCCUCGUACCAGCAGGCGCUGCGCAACUCGACCCAGCCGGCGCCGCCGCAGUACCGGGCCAUGACCGUCCAGGCCGCCCGCGAGCUGGGCCGCAAGGCGCGGCCCAUCUCCAUGAACGACUUCCUGCUCAGUUCCUCCUCCGCGUACCCCGGCGCCGGCCACUUCUCGGACUGCCUCCAGACGCCAUCCCGCGAUCUCCAGGCCGAGCUGAGCGAAUCCGUCGCGCUCGAGCCGGCCCAGCCGUUCCGAGCGAGGGCCAUGUCGGAAUCGGUGUCGCGGUCACGCCAGGACACUGUGGCACGGCGCUGCAGCCAACCGGUGUUUGAGGAACUUACUUAUGCUAAAGAGUCUUAUGUCUAAGCAGGAGUCUUAUGUCUAACCAUAAAACUUAUGUUUAUACAUAAGUAUUAAGUGUAAGCUUGUCCCUGAACAAGGACACUAUUUCUCCCUCUUUGGAUGUGUACAGUUUGCAACUUUCAGGUUGAGCCUUCUGAAGUAGUACUUUUUAGAGUACAUAUUCUAUAGAGUUUAACACAAUAAAGCUAUUUAAAUAUGCUAAUAUAAAUUCUUUAUAAGGUUCCAGCCCAGAAGCUAUGUAAAUAAGUGUGAAAGUAGGAUGCAGAGUAUAUUUUCUUGUUAAAACCUACUGCUGUAGAAUGAUACUUGUCCAGUCGAUAUGUCUUCAAAACUCUUGUUUGUGUUUAUAUUUGUCCUAUUACCUUGCCUUGUUGUUGAGUCAUGUACAGCACAACUGUAAAUUAGCUUAAGUACUCAAAUGCCUUUUUAUUAACUACAGUGUCUUUCUUCUCACUACAAUAAAGCACCUUCUUAAUUCA